UAUAUACAAACACAUCCUCAACCGAAACUUCUAAUAUAAACCAAGCACUAACCUAGCAUUGCUCUUCACUUCUCUCUCCGUCGAAUUACAGAUUGAACGUUUGUCCGUGUAAAUGAGAGGAAGGAGUUACACGCCGUCACCGCCGCCACGGGGUGGUGGCUAUGGCCGGAGAGGACGGAGCCCGAGCCCCAGAGGUCGCUAUGGCGGUGGGCGUGGCCGAGAUCUUCCCACCAGCCUUCUUGUGCGUAACCUUCGCCACGAUUGCAGGCCAGAAGACCUUCGCAGGCCGUUUGAGCAGUUUGGAGCACUUAAGGACAUUUACUUGCCUAGGGAUUAUUACACUGGGGAACCUCGUGGUUUUGGUUUUGUCCAAUUUGUAGAUCCUGCUGAUGCUGCAGAAGCCAAACGUCACAUGGAUGGUCGGGUUCUUCAAGGUCGAGAGUUGACUGUUGUGUUUGCAGAGGAGAAUAGAAAAAAACCAUCUGAUAUGAGGGCAAGGGAGCGAGGAAGGGGUCGGUUUCGAAGACGAUCUCCCCCUCGUUAUUCUCGAUCCCCACCUCGUUAUUCACGCUCCCCUCCUCCACGUUAUGCCAGAUCUCCCUCCCGUGAAUAUUCCCCUCCCCCAAAACGUAGGCAUUACUCAGGAUCUGUUUCACCCAAUGAUCGAAAGUAUAGUCGGGAGAGAUCAUAUUCACGUUCUCCAGCCUAUAAUGGCUCAAGGGGCCGCAGCAUAAGUCCUGACAGGGUUCAGGGCCCAAGCCGUAGCCGAAGCAGAAGCCAGACCCCAAGACGUGGCCCAAGCCGAAGCAGAAGCCAGUCUCCAAGACGUGAUGGAUCCCCAAGACGUGGCCCAAGCCGAAGCAGAAGCCAGUCUCCAAGACGUGAUGGAUACUCUGGAGAACCCAAUGGAGAUAGGUCUCCCAGUCAGUGAGCUACUGGAGGGAGAUGAUUCUGAGAUCCUACCUAUCUUCCAGAUUUUGUUUGAAGUUCGUGUUCUCUUAGUGCGUGCGGUAUUGUCUUUGAUGUAGAAGGUCUUGUUGAUGUUUAGGUUGAACUUUGUAGUAUAUACUUUCUUGAUGUUGCAGCUUUAAUCUGUCUGUUAUGCUAAUAUUUUGAUCUUAGGUUCCAGAUUAAUGAGUACUCCAAACUUCUCCA